AUGUGUGCAUUUGUGGCUGUGCAUGCUGGUGCUGGGACACAUUCACAUAAGACGGAAGAUGUUUGCCUGAAAGCAGUAUGCAAAUCGAAAGGCGAUAUUAUUGAAGCGGUUAAGGAACUUGAGAACGACUUUAGAACAAACUGUGGUUUUGGUUCAAACUUGACAUUUGGUGGACAUGUGGAAUGUGAAGCAGCUUUUGCAUCUUCAGAAGGUCAUGUUUUUGGUGCCGUUGGAGUGGUGUCUCGGCUGCGAAAUCCCAUUGAAGUUGCUGCAAUGGUUGCAAAAGAACAGUUGUGCGGUGACAAGAAAUUUGUGCUGCCGACUGUUUUGGUAGGCAAGGGUGCUGAAGACUGGGCUCAAAAGCGUGGGAUUACACUCUGUGAUCCAAAAUCAUUAAUAUCAAAAAGGUCACAGCAACAAUGGCAAGAAGCUCGAGAAAUUGUGAAGGACUGGGAAAAGGAGACGAUGGAUACCGUAGGCGCUGUAUCGUAUGAAAAUGGUGGUUGUAAUGCGGCAUGCUCCAGUGGUGGAAUUAUAUUGAAAGCUGAAGGACGAUUAGGUCAUACGGUUCAAAUUGGUGGUGCUAUUUGGGCUGACCAGAGGGAUUCCAGAAGUAUUGCAGUUGCACUUUCUGGCUGUGGUGAAUACAUCGCUCAAACAUUGUUAGCAAAGACUCUUGCUGAAACCUUAUUUAGUUGGAAUUGUGAAGAUGUGAUUCUGGAUAAAAUCAACCAUGUUUUCGAUGCUGCAUUUGUACAUUCUCCGUAUCUACAAACUCGAAACAAAAAGCACGUCCUUGCUGGUGGAUUGGUGCUGUUUGUUGACAGAGAAAGCAGGUGUGCAGAACUUGUUUCAUUUCAUAACACAAUGGAAUUGACUUUUGCGUUUUUUGGAAAUGGAAAUAAGAUGAAGUACCGUUCUCGUUCAUUUUCCAGUGAUUUUAUUGCUCAUUCCUUUUCUUUAAGAGAUUACAUCAACUUUUUCUGA